UUUUUACUUUUCAACAUGGCGGCGGCCAGGAGGUUGAAACGCGUGGUUGCCUCUCAGCCUGGUUUUCUUAAUUUAAAAUCCACUUCAGAUUCAACAGAGUCGUUGAGUGGUCGGAGAAAACGAGUAAACAAGAAUAAGAAGAAGAAUUGGAACAAAUAUAGCGACAUAAACGAUGUAGACGAGUUUUUGGAAGACGUCAGACACCAAGAGAGGACCACAGGGGGUCUGCUGUCUGAGAAACCAGAUGACAGUUUGUUCUUUUUGGAUGUUGGACAGCCAAAGAAAGCUGAACAGAAGGAAGCAGAACCUGUCGAGGGGAAGAAAAGGAAAGGAAAAGCAUCACGCCCUCUGAGGAUAGACCUGAUCCUGCAGCACGACUCCCUGGUUCCACCGCCUAAAGAUGUGCUGGCUUUUCAACAACCCAAUGCCAAGAAACUCCGCCGUAUUGCCCAGAAGGCCGAGCAGCUGGCAGCCAAAGGCGUGGUGCCGCGGAGGCAGAAACAGCUGCUGAACAGACGGCCGGUGGAGAGGACGGCCAAGAGGGCAGUGACAGAGGCCAACAACAAUCCAGACAGAGAGUACUACGACAUUUGGGGACAGAAGGCUAAAGACACAGCAGACCCCUGGUACCUUCAACAGACAGGCAAGAAGCUGGUGAAGCGUCCAGAGAAGUUGAACGAGAAGCCAUCUGUACUUCCUGCUGUGGAGGUGAUCGCUCCUGGAGGAUCUUACAACCCAGACUUCUUCUCCCAUCAGGCCCUGCUGCAGGAGGCCCAUGAAGUAGAGGUCAAGAAGAAAAAGGAGGAAGACAAAGUGGAGCGACAGUUGGCUGUCAACAGAGAAGACACAGCAACGGAGGAGACGAUUUUAAGAGAGCAGGUGGAAGGUCUAGUAGAAGAAGAAAAUGAAGAGGCAGCAGCUCCUAAUGAGGAGGAGGAGGGCGAUGUGGCAGUGGGCGCAAUUACACUGUCAGACAAGAAGACGGAGAGACAGAGGAAGAGAGAGAAAGCAGACAAAAUUAAGGAGCAGCAGCGGCUGUCUGAAAGACGGCAGACGGACCAACGGCAGCAGCUCUUCCAGCUCCGAUCCAUAAAGGCAUCCAUCAAGCAGCAAGACCAGAGGACCAAGGAUAGACAAAUAAAACGCAAAGCCAAACAAGAGGCUCAAAAAGCUCAACCCAGACGCCUUGGCAAACUUAAGUUUAAGCCUCAGGACCUAGAGGUUCAGCUGAGUGAUGAGCUGGCCGGCUCACUGCGACAACUCAAGCCAGAGGGCAGCGUCCUCAAGGACCGCUUCAAGAGUCUGCAGAAGAGAAACCUGAUUGAGCCAAGAGAAAGAGCCAAGUUCAAGAGGAGGCACAAGCUGAAGUAUGUGGAGAAGAGGGCUUUUAGAGAGAUCACUUAGUGCCUACCACAGACCGCAGCAGCUGAACACACGAGACCGGACUGCAUUUAAAGCCACAAACCCAACAUGAUGGAACUGUGUAAAUACAAGUUAAUAACUGUUAAUGGCCUGUUUGACCUUUUCACAAAAAUACAAUCAAUAAUGAAGUAAUAAAUGUUUCUAUGUCAAUUA